ACCUGGAUAGUGCCAUGAGAAUGAAGACCAUGAAGCCCACACACAAGCUGGUGUUCAUCCUGUGCCCCAUGCUGGUUCUUGUCUUUAUUUACUACUCAUCAGGGAAGCUACAUCUAAGCGUAUGGGGUCAGAAGCCACAGCUUGACGCUGAAGUGACAACUGUAGUCCACACUAACGACAAUGAAGUGAAAAGAUUUGCAGAGCUGGAAACGGAUAUCACCGUGGGAAGAAUAGUUGGCUCAGUGUACGACAAGCAGGGCUUUUUGCUGAAUUUGGAUGCGAAGUUGCCACCGGAGUUGGCGUACAAGUAUGGCAAUCUCAGUGAAGGUGUGUGCAAGCCGGGGUAUGCGGCAGCAAAGAUGACAGCAAUCUAUCCAAGGUUUGUGAAAGCGGCGCCCAUGUUUCUUGACCAAAACUUCAAGCGUCUCACUAAAGUCAGCAAUUACUUACCUCCGUUCGGCUUCAAAACCCAAGAGAGAAUUAUUGACAGCAUUUUAACUACUACCAAAAACUUUGGACUAGGAGAUGAACUGGACAGUCUCAGCUGUAAAAAAUGCAUCAUUGUGGGAAAUGGAGGUAUCCUAUCAAACAAGUCUCUGGGAUCCCGUAUAGAUGACUAUGAUGUCGUGGUCAGGUUGAAUGAAGCCCCGGUGGCUGGCUACGGGAGAGAUGUAGGGACCAAAACUACCAUGAGAAUUACCUACCCGGAGGGAGCAUUUCAGAAGCCGGAACAGUACGAAAAGGAUUCACUGUUUGUUUUUUCUGCGUUUAAACCACUGGACUUCAAGUGGUUAAGACAGAUGGUCUUCAAAGAGAAACUGCGAGGUGUCGAGGGUUUUUGGAAGUCUGUGGGCCACCAUGUCCCUCGUGAGCCCAGCGAGAUGAGAAUCCUCAACCCUUACUUCGUCCAGGAGGCAGCCCUCCAGUUCAUAGGCCUGCCCUUUAACAAUGGCAUAAUGGGAAAAGGGAACAUUCCAACUUUAGGGACAGUCGCCAUAACGAUGGCCCUGCAUAACUGCGACGAGGUAGCAGUGGCCGGCUUCGGCUAUGAUAUGAACACACCCCAUGCACCCCUCCACUAUUACGAGGCCGUCAAGAUGUCUGCUAUGAAAGAGUCGUGGACGCACAACAUAUCUAAGGAGAAGGAGUUCCUGCGCAAAUUAGUGAAGGCCAACGUCAUCACCGACCUCACCAACGGCAUCUGA